GCGCCACCUGUUUGACACAAGUCCCCAACCAGAUACUUUAGAUACUGAUGAUUAGAGGUUUUGGGUCUGAUUUGUUUGUUCAGACGGCGUUGAUUGAAAAUGGGAGAUACUCUGGACUUGUAAUUGUAAACCCCAGAUGUGAAUCGGCAAAGCAUUUACAGAAACUCAGGGAGAGUAGGUACUAGAGAAUGGAAAGCAGUGAAGCAAAUAUUGGAGAAUUCCCUGAUGUGAAUUACGUUAUUUGGUUUGCUGAAUUCGUGAAGAGGAUUUCUGGACAUUUUCCUCUCUUGGAAGACUCGACUAGAGUCGAAGAGUACUGCGGGAUCUCAAUGAGAACCUUCAGAUACUUGUGCUCUCUUGUGAUGGAGCCAAUGUCCAAGUCACACACAUACAAAUUUAACGAUAAUAGAGAAUUGACCGUGGUUGAUAAAGUAGCCAUAGCGUUGAGAAGGCUAAAAUUUGGCAAGUCACUGAACUCAAUCAGUAAGGAAAUUGGUACGCACUCUUUUACUGCUGAUAAGGUUACAAGGUCCUUUGUGGAGGCCUUGGUAGAAAAUGGCCUUCGCCACCUCCAUGGGACAACCACUGCUACUGAGGAAAGAAUGACUGCUGAGACAAUGGAUAGGCGGCUAAAGGAAGAAUGGAAGGUUCUUACACUUGUAAUGAAAGCUGAGAAGCGUCAAAGUAUUAGCACAGCUUGCCGCAUCUUGCAUAACAUUGUCAUUGAGAUGAAUGAUGAGAGGCAUGGUUAGCUAUCUCUGCCACAAGGUCAUCACCCAGGCUUUAUGACUCACAAAUUUUAAAGAUUAGUUUUGUAAUUGUUAGAAAGUUUUGAAUCAUCUCUUCUGAAUAUUUCUUUGGUUUCCGCUUUUUUAUUUGUAUUUUGUGUGAUUAUUAUUUGUGGUCAUUAAUAUUUAGUUCAUGAGUUUGUUUAGUAUUUUUGUUUUACA